UCACUCCUGUCCAUUAUAAAUAGGCUGAGCAAAGACUCAGAUCAGACUCAAGCACAGCCGCCUUUACGAAUCAACUUUAAAAAAAACAAGGAUUACCUGAUUUCCUUCGUUGGAUUUAACUACUAUCACCGGAGCGUCCCUAUAGGCAACAAUGACUUUGAACAAGGGUGACAAAUUGCGGAACAUGGACAGGAGGAGGGGGAGCACGCCGUUCCCCAUGAAUCUGCCCAACCUGCACCGGAGGAGCAUGCCGGUGGAUGACCGGGACCUGCGCGCCACGAUGCCGCAGACGGGACGGACGGACGAGCUGUCCAACCUCCUGCGCUGCUCGUCCUACUCCCCCAGCGAGGAGCACCGCGGCAGCUGCGCGUCCGACUCCUCCGACUCCGUGAUCUCCACCGGGAGCGAGACAGACUCCCAGCUGUACAAGGUCGUUCUCCUCGGAGAGCACGGCGUCGGCAAGUCCAGCCUGGCGCGCGUUUUCGGAGGAGUUGAGGAUGCUGGUCACGACUACGAUGAAGCAGGAAACACUUACGAUAGAUCUAUUGUGGUGGAUGAAGAGGAGACCUCCAUUGUGCUUUAUGACAUUUGGGAGCAGGAUAACAGUGACUGGCUGAAGGAACAAUGCAUGAGGAUGGGAGACGCCUACAUCAUUGUGUAUUCAGUGACAGACAAAUCAAGCUUCGAGAAGGCAUCAGAGCUCCGCAUUCAGCUCCGUCGGGCCAGGCAGUCGGAAAACAUUCCCAUUAUCCUUGUGGGCAACAAGAGUGACCUGGUUCGGUCCAGAGAGGUGUCUGCCGAAGAGGGAAGUGCAUGUGCAGUGGUGUUUGAUUGCAAGUUCAUCGAGACAUCUGCAUCCCUUCAUCACAACGUGCAGGACCUAUUCGAGGGCAUUGUCAGACAGAUCCGCUUGAGGAAAGACAGCAAAGAGGAGAACGCACGACGCAUGGCCAACUGCAGGCGUAGAGAGAGCAUCAGCAAAAAGGCUAAAAGGUUUCUGGGCCGGAUGGUUGCACGCAAGAACAAAAAGAUGGCUUUUAGGCAGAAGUCAAAGUCGUGCCAUGACCUAACUGUCCUCUGAGCAAUACACGGAGCAGAAAGACUUUUUUCCCCAUUUUGGCCUCUGAAGACCAGAUGCUGUGUGUUUUAACACUAAUCCUAAAGGACUAAUAGAGCUGUACAGAAUAUAUUUUUUUCCGUUUUGUAGAUGCAAACAAAAAGAGAACAGAUGAGGUAAUUAACAUCAGUGACUGAUGAUGUCAUAUCAUGGUGAUAACCUGCAUGAAACUUUGAAAGCAUUUAAUUUUGUUUUUAAUGUUUGCCUUAAACAUUUAAACAUUUUACCAUAAGAAGAUGAUCCUCUUGUCUGAAGAAGAAAUAUCUGAUAUAUAUUGAAUUGGAAAGAUUGCCAUGCUGUUGGGUUGUGCUCCUUUAUUUGAAGGGGUUGAUGUAUAUACGUUAAAUAUGAAUGAUGCUGAAUGCAACAUACAUCUCAUUAUUCUAUAAAAUCUGAAUACUAGGUCAUCUGUACUUGAAAUAUGGUGCGCAGGUUCGUGCCUUGGCCGACUAGUCAUAGCUUAUACAAAACUGUUAUUCUUUGUUGUUCCAACGACACUGAAUUCAAGUUGUGAAUGUAUGAGUAAAGCAAUAAGUUAUAUCAGUAUUGUGAACUUCGACAUUGUUUGAGAAUUCUUUGUUUACGUUUAUUUCUUUUUUCAAUAAAAUAUCAAAUCAAAUCAUGA